CAGAACUUUACGAAACAGUUUUUAACGAACAAAAGAGCCGUACAUAUUGGAGUAUGAAACAAAAUACGCAGAUCCUUGUAAACCAUUCAAGUUCAUUGAAGCUUGAUAAAAUGAAAGUGCACAGAAUUAAAACAGAAAAAAAGGUUUAAUAAUUGCAAUAGCAGUAACAGAUACCUGUGAAAUAACUUUACAGCAAAGUUCUCAGAUAAAAAUCCGAUUUGCCAACCUUUAUGUUUCAGUAUAUUUGAACCUCUUUAAAUAGCAGAUAAAAGCACCAUGUUUUUCUUAUCAUUUAAGCUAUUGAUUUUGAUAAUGCAUGUCAAUAUCAUCGGGGUGACCAGGCUUAGCAAAUGGUUUCAUCUUUCAGCUUCUUAAUUACUUCUUAGACUGGCUUUUAAAACACCCUCCCCCCAUCUUACAUUUCAUUGUAUGUCGUUGUCUCUUUGCAAGAGAAAAGUUGAAAUAGGCCCAAAGUGAACGAAGUUUACUUAUGUAGAUUAAAAUCUGUAGGGGCUGUAGUAAACAUGAAAAGUCGCUUAAGUUAAGUUUCUCUUUUUUUUCAGACAGAAGCCAAAGGAAUUCUAAACUUACAAAUAUGACACAUUGACUGAAGUUUUGCUGAAGAUAUGGGAGCCGGUGCUUCAAAAUCAGAAAAUUCAACAGAGCCUCUUAAUGUACACCAAGCCAAAGAAGCAGGUACAUGUACUCCUCAAGGGGCACAGAAUGUGUGUGAGCCAUCAUCCGUAGAUCUUGACACUGAGACUGAUGUGUGUGAAGAGAAUGAAAUAAAGGAGGGAGAAAUGCAAGAAGUCAUGAUAGGUGAUCAGACAGCAUUAUUGGUGAAGGACCAUGGGGAACUGACUGCUGUAGGAGCUACAUGUACUCAUUAUGGCGCAAAACUUUCUAAAGGUGUGUUGUACAAUGGCAGAGUGCGUUGCCCUUGGCAUGGUGCUUGUUUUAAUGUCAAAACUGGAGACAUUGAAGAUUUCCCAGGCCUUGACAGUCUUCCUAAGUAUAGUGUUGAGGUGAGAAGUGGCAGGGUGAUAGUUAAAUCCUCUUCCACUAUGCAGUCCAAGAAAAGACUGAAACCCAUGUCCUGCCAGUCACCUGAUAAUGAACAAGUCUUCCUCAUCAUUGGAGGAGGAGCAGCUUCAGUGACCUGUGCAGAGACAUUAAGACAAGAAGGAUUCAAAGGGAGAUUGAUUUUAGCUACCAAGGAGCUGUCUUUACCAUAUGACAGAACAAAACUCACUAAAGCACUCAUGUCCUCUGCUGAGGAGAUUGCCCUCAGAGAUGCAAACUUUUAUGAAGUAUAUGAUAUUGAUGUUCAAACCAAUAAAGAAGCUGUAAAUGUGGACACAAUGCUGAAAUGUGUCACAUUUAGAGAUGGAUCAUCUAUUAACUAUGAUGCUUUGACAAUAGCUACUGGGGGCAGUCCAAGAAAACCUGUUUGCCCUGGAGCUGAUUUGAAGAAUGUCUGUCUGCUUAGAACUCCUGCUGAUGCUAACUAUAUAGCAGAACAAGGCAAAGGGAAGCAUGUGGCUAUAGUUGGAAACUCUUUUAUAGGUAUGGAGGUGGCAGCAUAUCUGGCAAGUAAAGCAGCUUCUGUAUCUGUAAUAGGCAGAUCAUCUGUACCUCUCCAAAGUGUGCUGGGACAACAGGUGGGACAAAGAUUGUUAAAGCUUUUUGAAGAGAAGGGCGUGAAGUUUUUUAACAACGAUAGUGUGAAGGAAUUCAUUGGUCGUGAAGGGUCUGUGAGGGAGGUUGUAUUGAAUGAUGGGGGUACAUUGCCUGCAGACAUGGUCCUAGUUGGUAUAGGUGUCACUCCAGCAACUGGCUUUCUUGAGGGCAGUGGUGUGAUGCUGAAUGACUCUGGUCAUGUCAUUGUAGACAAGUUCAUGAAAACAAACAAGGACAAUAUCUUUGCGGCCGGAGACAUUGCUGAAUUUCCUUUGUUUUUGACUGGAGACAGAAAAGCUACUAUUGGUCACUGGCAGAUGGCACAGGCUCAUGGUCGUGUGGCAGCACUCAACAUGCUAGGUCAAGAUGCAGAAAUUUACAGCGUACCUUAUUUUUGGACGGUUUUAUUUGGAAAGAGCCUCAGAUACACUGGUUAUGGUGCUGGGUAUGAUGAAGUGGUUUUACAUGGGGAUCUUGGGGAAUUGAAAUUUGUUGCGUUUUACACAAAAGGGGACAGUGUUGUAGCAGUUUCCAGUUUGAACUUUGAUCCAAUCGUAUCUCAAGCUGCUGAGGUAUUUGCAGCAGGAAAGACAAUUAGAAAAGAAGAAAUCAGUGAGGGUCCCUAUGGUUUCAUACAUAAACUCCAUCCUCAGGAAAUGACCUAAAAUGUGCUGCUGUGUGGAAUUUGUGCAUAAGUGUUUCACCUUUAAAACUAAACAGGUUUUCUAAGUACUUUAUAUUGUUUAUAUUGUACUUCUUGAUUUUCUUCUGAUAUGAUAUAAGUAGCAAGCAGGUGAUAACCUUGGAACACUGUCGCUGAAUCAAUCAAAGCUCAACUUUUGUAACAAAAUUAUAUUUGGGUAUAGCUCCCAGAGAUAGUAUAUUUUCUUUGUUAUUUUUAAAUAUUUUAAAAUUAUUUUUACAGAACAAUUUCCCACCAAUUUUUGCAUGUAAAAAGUACUUGUUUUUUUACCUUAAAAUUAAUAAAUUAAACAAGACUUACCUGUAAGGUGAAGUUUGAUUGGGAUUCUACCUACUCAUACACAGCAUUUGAGAUCAAGGGAGAAUGCACAUGUGCACCAGAAGCGUCAUAUUUUAAGGCAGGAGAACCAUGUGAAUUAUUUAGAAUGGGAGGGAAUGAGGUGGGCGCUUGAUCUCAAAUGCUGUGUAUGAGUAGGUAGAAUCCCAAUCAAAUUUCACCUUACAGGUAAGUCUCGUUUAAUUUAUUAAUUCUACCUACUCAUACAGCAUUACUGAGAUCAACCGAGACUUUAAAGCUCACAUGGUUCAACUCAAUUAUCAAAUAAACAACAACUUUUUUUAUGUUACUUCUUUUUGCCAAGUGCUUUAUCUAAUUGUCCCAUUGUUGUUACUCCCGUUAAUUGGCUUUUCAUAAUACCCCUGUAGGUACAGAAGGUACUUAAUUGACUCCAUCCAACUGUUUUCAAAAUGGUGUCUGCAGGCACAUUCAUGCCCUUUGCUGCACUAGACGAAGCUGAUCUAGUGCUAUGUGCUUUAAACAGAGUACUGUCCAAUCCAGAGCUAGACAUGACAUUUCGAAUCCAACGUGAUAAUGUGCUACUGCGAAUCCCUUUGUAGGGUUUUCUAUAACUAAUAAACAACUUUCUACUGUUUCUACAGUCUUUUGUUCUAUCUAUAUAUUCUUUUAAAAAUGUAACCACACAAAGUCUUUCAUCUGUGGGAUAAGCUGGUAAGAUUAAGUCUGGUUGUUGUUUUCCUGGUCUUGACUGCUUGGGGGCGUCUCGAUAGUCCGAAGGUUCAUUGGUCCG